GCUGUGAUUUCCGGUACCUGUUUUAUAAUGCCGGACCGACAGGCGCAUUUUCAUCAUUGUUGCGCGCACGAUCGUAUUCGUGUCGAAUUGUUUUAAUUUUUUCUUGAAUUUGAUUGUAAUUUUUUGCCGGAUUUAUUUAAUUUUUUAUUCCCGUAAUUUUAGAUUUUUAUACUUCGAUUUAGGUUUAUUUUCGGUUAUAAAAAAUGCAAGACGAAGAAUUUUUUGAUGGAGAGAUCGAUUAUAAUGGCAAAUAUGCAGUGCUGUUUCGCAAAGAUUCUGUGGAAACGCCGGCCGGAGAUAUUAACGAGCAGACGGAUUUACGCGUGUGGCUACGGGCGUUGCUGGAUGAUGAGGCGUUAGAGGGAUAUAAGGAUGUUCUUUUUAUCGUGGGAAACGGGGAUAAUGUCAGUCGUAUCAAAGCGCACCGGCUGAUACUGGCUACACGGAGCGCGACGUUCGCCAAGAUUUUAAAAGAACACGAACGUGAUGAUGAAAUAACCAUAGCCGAUACUUCACCGGAAAUCUUUCACACCAUCAUCCAAUACACCUAUACCGGUAAGCUCCGCCCUCCCCAACGCGUUCUAGAGGCUGUGCAUCUCUUACACGCGGCCCAUACCUACGAUAUGCACUACCUGUACGAUAUCAUGAAAGAUCUCCUCCUUCAACGCCUUCCGCACUUUCGUCCGCGGCACUUCAUCAUGCUCACGCAGCGCGCGCUGGAUCUGGGGAUCACGGAUCUGGAGAAACCCUGUUUCGACAUUAUCCAGGACACCACCGAUCUCGUCGUCAUGGAUCCGCUGUUCGUACGGGUAUCGGAAAAUUUUAUUAAGAAGCUCUUAGCUCUAGAUAGCUUUAGUGGAAUCACCGAAGCGGCGGUAUUUGCGCGCGUACUGGAAUGGGCGAAUCUGCGGGAACCCAAGGAAAGGUCAUCCAGCAGCAGCAGCAGUAGCAGUUCGUCCAGCGAUGAUGAAAAGAAAGAAAAGAAAAACAAAGAAGAGAAGAAGAAGAAACAAACCGCGGAUUUCGAACUGCAGAAACCAAAGGUCAGGAGGACCAUGGAGUCAUUUAUCCGGGACUUCCGUCUGGUGUCCAUUCCUAAGGAGAACCUGGCCGGAUUGGUGAAGAACAGCGGGGUGUUCACGGAACAUGAGCAGUUGAUUGUGAGUUAUUACUUGUUGGAUCAGACCAAGAAUUUGGGCGAAUUCACCAUGAAACCGCGUGGCAUGAAGCAAAAAAUCAAAUCCAACGAAGUGAAGCCAUCACCGAAAUUCCCAAUAACCGCCGUAUCGCAGCCGCUGGAAGCGCCACCUGCUCCGCCGGUUAAUGGCGUUCCAAUUGUACAACCAAAGCCGGUACCGGCAAAACCCGCUAAUGGAGAAUCUGUGUUCUAUUCCAAACCGCCACCCGGUUACACCGAAGUAUCAGUCGACGAAUUGCCGGCAAAAAUGCACUUGCCGCUUCGUUCCCAAAGUUCCGAUGGCCCAUACAUGGUAAUCAAAGAGCAGCCGGACAAUUCCAACUUCGUCGACAAGCUGCGCCAGCGUUUCGCCCUAGACAAGAAAAAGGGAAAGGAAUCCAAAGCCAAACAACGCGGCAAGAGCAUGGAGCGCAAACCCAGCGAAACGUCCCUGGCCGAAAUCAUGCAGAAGCAGGAACUUACGUCUAAGAAAUCGUCGUCUUCCUCUUCUUCGUCCUCGGCCGCCAGUUCUCCAGCGGUAAAGCGUCCCGCGCGUCCCACCGACACAAAGGUCACGAGAGACGAUAGCGCAGUCAAUGUGACGCUCCGUGAUAAACCGCCUAUUCCCCAUCGGCCAAAAUCCGUGGUGGAUGAUGGAAUGGUCGUUAUUGCGGACAAACGGGAGAGUAAAGAUGUGGGGAAGAAAGGGAAAAACGGUUUUCCCGGCAUCAUCUCCAAGACAAUGAAAUGGUCGCCGGAACGACCGCCGGCCGAUAUCGGGCGCCCCAGUGCACCGCCCCGUGCGAAAGGUCAUGCAGCAGUCCCCGCGAAUAACGAUGUUAUAGCUGAAAUAUGAAAUUAAUGUUCUCUUCGAGAAAAACGGGAAAGCGGUAGGCCAGUGUCAUUUAGAAUUAUUUUCUACCACAUUGUGUUGUUAAAAGUAUGUUUGUUUUCGUGAGUGGCGAUCUCAUCGAUCCCACUUUGCUUUAUAUUUUACAGUAGCCAUUGUUUCUGUUACUACGAUGUGUCAUUGUUUAUGUGAUACGAUACAUGCAUACACCUACCCCUUUUAUACAAUACAGAAU